CAGGAGGAGGAGAGAUACAGUGAAUAAUAAAAAGUCUCAGAACACCUGAAUGAGGAGUGGCUGAGCUUGAAAAACAGGCUUAUGUUGGAGUUACAGCAACAUGGCGUUUUGAGGAACUCUGGAUAAUUUCUAUGUUGUCCGUGUGUGUUUAUUAGAACCUCAGCUCUUCUUCCUGAGGGCAUCAUGUUGAGAAGGAAGAAGUGGUAUUAAGUGAAAGAAAAGAAGAUUUGUAGGAGGUUUUUUACUCUCCAAUAAGUUGUCAUGGCAACAACACUUCAGUUAAUGAACACAACAUUAUCUCCAGUAAAUAUAACAACAAGGUCACAGGAACAGAUUCUCUUUCAAAGUGCUGGUGCAAUAGUCGCUGCCAUUGUCGUAGGAGUAAUUAUCAUAUUUUCUUUGGUCCUGAUCACUCUCAAGAUGUACAACAGACAUACAAGAACAGAAAGGGAACUGGGUAUGAAAAGCAUGAAAACGAAUAACAACCCAAGCACACGAUGUCACAGCUCCAUGAGCCAACCGACUUCCUUAACUUCUGUGCCACCUGACAUUCAUCUGGAAAACAGAUGACAGCAGUGAUGUGACUUACCCUGGGAAUAUGAAGUUCUGCCUUGCCUUUUUUAACAAUGGACUUAGCUGAGGACUGUGUACAGCACACUGUUAAAAGCAAGGCACAGACCCUUUCAGAGACUGCCUAUUGCUGCUUCCUAUAUACCUUAUGAGUGUAACAAUGCAAACGACUUUCGUUUUACAUGUGCUGAUAUGAGACUCAGCAUGUGGCAAUUAGCUGUGUGACUGUGAUAAUGUGUUAUUCCUUUAACUUCUCAAAUGCCUAAACAUGAAGUUUAUCUUAAUGAAAAUCAUAUUUUCAGUGAAAACAUUUCUAUGCAAAAGAGGACAGAUCAAGAGGGGCAUUAGAAGUGCCCUGGUAAGGUUUAGAUAAAUCUAAAUAUGCAUAAUAUAAGGAUAUGCAAACCUCUGUAUAUAAUAAAAAUAAUAAUAAAAAAAACA